GCCCCGCGUGGACCCAAUGACCUUUCCGAGCUCCGCGCCUCACCACCUGGGCCGGGUCUGAUCGGCGCGGCCCGGGCGGACCCUUCAGAGGGAGGUGAGUGUCCGCUCUGGGAAGGAGCUGCAGCCGCCUUAAGGAAGAAAGGGUGCAGGGGGUGCAGGGGACACUCAGAUUCUCGGUCAGGCGUGCCGCACGUUCAGAAAUUGUGAAAAGAAAUCGUACGGAUGCAAUCUUGGGGCAUUGUGUUUCUCACUGUAUCGGAUCCCCCGCGCUCCACUCCCGCCUAACACUUAAGGACACACUUUUAUGUGCUGUUUUUAGUUUUGUUUUGCGACAUUUAAUCUAAGCAUUCAGCAAGGCUUCUUAUAAAAGCUGAUCGACGUAUGCUGAGAUGAAACCCCCUGAUCCCGUGGUGUUUCCGACGGGCCGUAGUAUUCCUGGUCCACCCGUCCCGGGGCAGCCGUGGCAGCGCAACGCAGCGCCAACGCGCCGGGGCUCACACUGCCUGCCUAGCCGGCGCGUUUCAAGAAGGAAGUAAUAAUAGUUCAGACAUAGGUAAUUUCUUCAACCUUGUUGCUGGCCUUUUGAUUUCCCCCUCCCACCCUCCAGACCUAGGGCGAGGGGGGGUGGGAUGCAGAAGGCAAAUUCCCCUGGGGUUUAAACUCUUAGAUUCUCGAGUAAGUGCUACAGAGAAAGAACUGGUGGUUGCAGGAAGGAGGGAGAAAAAGGUGUUUGUGGAGGGAGCGCGAGAUCUGUCUCCCUACCUGUUAGCAGAGAACAAAAGAGGGUUGGCGUUUCCCGCAGCGAAACGGCACAGACAGCUACUUUCUCUGCUGAACGAACUGCAGUCCCGAGCAGAACAAGAAAAUUACUCACGCAGGGGGAGCGAGGGAGCUGAGAGAAACAGAACCCAGAUUAUGCGGAAGGCAUCUUAAUUUAAUUAACUCCUUGGGAAGGCAGAGGCGCUGCGAAGGGGCAGGAACUUCGCGGCCGUUUUCCUCUGUUCACCUGAUCCAAGCUGGCCAUCAUUAUUACUUUUUAAAUGAUCUCCUUAGAUCUACUAAGACUUUCGCUGGGAUUUAUGCAAAAUUCCACUGUGGCUUGGGCUGAAAUUCAGCGAGUCUAUGGAUCCAUCAGUCAUUUCUCUCACACCAAUUACAGGUUUUAGCAGAUGACCCCUGACUGUAUAUUAUUUUUAGAUAACUCAGUGUAAUAACAGCAUUACCAAAGAGCAAGACUCUAUCAAAUUACCGCGUACCUUUUUUUUUCAAUGUUUUGAAAGCUUCACUGAACUGAAAUUAGUUAUGUACACUUUUUUUUUUUUUAACUUGUUGACAACCAGUGAACUAAAUUUUACAAAACCUCUGUACAUGCCUGGAAAUCCCUAUGAAGAAGACUGAUGAGAGAAAACUAGUCUCAGUUCCACCGAAAUAUUAAUGUCUUCAUUGGUUCUUUCUUUGUAAAAUUAAAAGUAACCAAUGGUCGGAAAAGGGGUAGUGGAGAAUUGACAGCAAAGGAUGAUGACCGCUGUUAUUGCCUGAAACUCAGUGUGGGAAUUACAUGCUCAACUCUAGACAAAACGAAAGUACUUUAGAUCUUUUGCAUGGACUUAAAAUAUCUUUUGACAUACAUUUCCAGCAACUCAGUGGAAGAGUGGAAAUCUAAAUUCUGUAAUUAUUUAUGGCAAAAGUGUUUGGUGAAUAUUUAGAGUUGUUCUAUUUCUAAAAGGGUUGAAGUCACCAAGGAUUUGCUGUUCUUCUAUGAAGAAGAUCUCUGUCCUGCAAAUUAAAAUGAAAACUUACUAUGAGAUACACUUUUGUGCCACCUUGAGCUGAACUGUAAUAGAGUUGCUAAUUUUUGUGUUAUAAACCAUUUGAAGAAAAGGGAAGGGAGAUGGCAUUCAACUUUCUGCUGGCAGAAUUAACAUGUAACGUUUAGGGCAGAUUUCACUUUGUGCACGUAAAAUGGAAAUCACAGGUGGGAUAUUCCUCCAAUUGACACCCUCCCUGCCCAAUCCCCUCAUAACAGAGGUAGGAGUCAUACUUUGCCUCCUGUAUUUAUUUCUAAGAAAUCUAGUCUGGGAAUAUACCCAAAUAUUAAUUUCAGCUUCCUCUCUAUGAGGGAGACCACUUUUUAACUCUAGGGAGAAGAUAAUAUUUUGACUCUCUGGAAAAUCCUCAUUACACAAAAAGAAGGAAAUAAAAGCAUAACUUACUAUUUUGAUGGAAGAGGGAAUAAUCAGAUAGAUUACCAGGAAUGUUGGUACCUUUUUUUCCUGCCUUUCUAGGAGGGCUUGAGGGUUGCCACUGAACAAAAAUGAAUCGUGAUUUGUGGUGGGAAAGUUUAUUACUAAUGGAGGUUUACAGUUUCGGUUGAAUGGUCUGACUGAGCCCCUCUGACUGUUACACACCUCUCAUUAACUCCCAGUCUGAACUCCCAGACCAAAUACCACUAGGCAGAAGCGGUUCAUUAAUAAAUCCCUGUCUCUGAGCAUUCCAAACAGAAGAGGAGGGAGAGAAGGUGUGAGCCUCACUGAGAGGACAAAAUUCUGCCUUGUCAGAGCGCUGUGUCAUUAGCGCGGUCCCCCAAGUCAGCCCUAGGAGCCCCGGGCAACACUUCACAGCACCCUAUAGAAGAUUCAGACAACUAAAGGGGUAGGUGAUGAGGGUUAGAGACUGGACAAACUUUCCCACCUUCCCGCUGGGUUCAAAAGCUAGGCUGAAAGGUCGUUGGCUCUAACCGGCCUGCCGGCCCCCUUUCCAGGGAAAGCACUUAGCUGUGAGUCCCGCACCUGGGGAGCUGCCCUCAGAGGCAAGGCCCAGGUCCGCAGAGCUGGCAGAACCAUUGCUAAAAGGCAGCUGAAGUGGGCAAAGGUGGGCCCACCCUGAAUGCAGGCCCCAGGCCGCCCACGUCUCCGAGCAGAUAAACGACCCUCCUCCUGGCGGUCAAAGACGCACUGUACCUCCUCGAACGAUCGCUGUGGCUCCCCGGCUGCCCCUUUCCUGUGCCUCCUCAGGGCGCCUACUCGCCCCUCCACUCCUCUCUGUUCUUCCCCGGAGGCCUCGCCGGUGCAGGAGCCGCUCCUAAUGCCAGGCUGGGAAACCGCUCCGGCCUCCCGAGAGCUUGGCACUCAGUCUGGGAGAAGGGGUUCGGGCCUCAGGGAGGUUCUCCGCCCACCCACCCCUAUUCCACACCACCGCAACUCACCCCCUGGGAGCCUGAACCAUCUGGAAGGGAUCUUGGUGGGGGGUGGGAGGGAACGGCCCCUGGGAAGGAGGAGGGGGCAAUUCCAGGCUGAACCCGGCCCCCGAGGUGUCACUUUUCUUUCCUGUGGCCCGUCACCGCUGAUAAAUGGGACUGAGGCAGAGGAAGGAAAAAGAAAACCUCCGAGGUCAGCGCGGGGCGAGACUGGCCCCUCCGAGGGCCCGAGGGCCCUGCAGCGCAGAGCGCAUGGGGGCUGCGCUGCGGCACCCGCGGCGCGGCGGGGGCGCCCACAUAAAGGCUGCUGGGGUGCGGGGCACCCGCUCGCCAGAAGGCCACUUCCUGCCGCGUCUGACACCCUGGCCCCGGGGCCGAGCUCGGUGCUGACUCGCCUGGCACGCACUCUGCUGUUCCCUCACCACUCCUUUUGGGGACCCUGGAGUAGAGUGGGGUUCGCUCUGCGUGCUGUUGCCUCUCUGGGUUUUCACCGGAGCCCCACGCCCACCUGCCUCCGAGUCCUGGAAGAAAGGGGCGGUUCCCUCCGCCCCCCAACCGCGGGGAGAAUGGGGAGCAAGGCCCUGCCGGCGCCCAUCCCGCUACACCCGUCGCUGCAGCUCACCAAUUACUCCUUCCUGCAGGCCGUGAACACCUUCCCCGCCGCGGUGGACCACCUGCAGGGCCUGUACGGUCUCAGCGCCGUGCAGACCAUGCACAUGAACCACUGGACACUGGGGUACCCCAACGUGCACGAGAUCACCCGCUCCACCAUCACCGAGAUGGCGGCGGCGCAGGGCCUCGUGGACGCGCGAUUCCCUUUCCCGGCUCUGCCCUUUACCACCCACCUCUUCCACCCCAAGCAGGGAGCCAUUGCCCACGUCCUCCCAGCCCUGCACAAGGAUCGGCCCCGUUUUGACUUUGCCAACUUGGCGGUGGCCGCCACGCAAGAGGAUCCCCCUAAGAUGGGAGACCUGACCAAGCUGAGCCCGGGGCUGGGUAGCCCCAUCUCAGGGCUCAGUAAAUUGACUCCGGACAGAAAGCCUUCCCGAGGGAGGUUGCCCUCCAAAACGAAAAAAGAGUUUAUCUGCAAGUUUUGCGGCAGACACUUUACCAAAUCCUACAACUUGCUCAUCCACGAGAGGACCCACACGGAUGAGAGGCCAUACACGUGUGACAUCUGCCACAAGGCCUUCCGGAGGCAAGAUCACCUGCGGGAUCACAGGUAUAUCCAUUCCAAAGAAAAACCUUUCAAAUGUCAGGAGUGUGGGAAAGGAUUUUGUCAGUCUAGAACUCUAGCAGUUCACAAAACUUUACAUAUGCAGACAUCAAGCCCUACAGCUGCGAGCAGUGCGGCAAAGUGUUCAGGCGAAACUGUGAUCUGCGGCGGCACAGCCUGACUCACACCCCGCGGCAGGACUUCUAGAGAAGCCCAGGAUGUGUCCCAUGCCGCCGCUGCUCCCCUCCCCAGACACCUCUCCACGCCUCUCACCCAGGGGUUGCACCCCCCAACCCCUUACAGACCCCAGCUCUUCCCCUGCUGCAGCCCUACCUGCAGCCCCGGGGAGUUAACCCUUCUUCUCGAGGACUGAGAACUGUAGAAAGCCACACAAGUACAUCCCUUCACAAAGAGCAUAUGCUAGUUCUUGUAGAUAUUCACAGCUCAUUUUAGAGCUCUGUACAUAAUGUCGUGGGUCUUUGUUUUGUUGUUUUGUUUGUUUUUGUAUCUUGUUGGAUGCACCUAGAUAUGGAAAAUGGAAGCCAAAUUUAUCUUUAAAGAGUGUAUUUCCAAAAUAAAACUCCUUCUUGUUUGUUUCAAUAUUUCUGCAAAAGUGUCUUGCUAUUUAACUGCUGCUUCUCCUCUGGGUUCUGGAAGAAUAGGAUACCUCCAAAAUAUUCAGUAUAGAGGGUGUUCUCUAUCCCUAAGUUUUUAAAGUAAGACUUUUCACAAUUCUUUUACUGAAGCUUCAGCUCUUCCCUCUCUGUAUUGUGGCAUUUUGGAAUUAGAUGGUUUGGAAUUGGAAUUUUUGUUUUUCGAAGAUAUUAAAAUUGAUACCCUUAAGGUUUUAUUCUC